AAAAGCUCUUAGCAGCUCCUGUGACCAGAAGCUUCAAAGCCAGCAGAGCUCGGUUCCUUGGGGGUUGGUAGUAAGAGACACUCCUUCACCAGGGUUCAUACACCCCAUAGGAGGGUGCUAUACACACGGGGAGAACAAUAGACUGUGUGCUUUUUUGGUAUUAUCCAGAGAUCUGUUUUCCACUGUCCUGACUAAAAGCUGAACAUCUCGGUGGCCUUUCUUCUUUGGCCUCAAAAUGACAGUAAUCCCUGCAAUCAGUUGUGCUUUCUUAUUUUCCAUUCUCUGUGAAACAAGUGCAGUAGCAUUACCCAACUCCACUGACCUACUCCUGUCAAACAAUAAUUUCACUGACAUUGAGACGGCUUUGGCAGCUCAUCUGGACUCUGCAAAAAUUCCCAAACCCAGGCGGAAGCGAUACAUUUCACAGAAUGACAUGAUUGCUAUUCUUGAUUACCAUAAUCAAGUUAGAGGCAAAGUCUUCCCACCUGCUUCCAACAUGGAAUACAUGGUUUGGGAUGAAACUCUUGCCAAGUCUGCAGAAGCUUGGGCUGCUACAUGCAUUUGGGACCAUGGACCUUCCUAUUUACUGAGAUUCUUGGGCCAAAAUCUCUCUGUAAGAACUGGAAGGUAUCGAUCCAUCCUUCAGCUGGUAAAGCCAUGGUAUGACGAAGUGAAGGAUUAUGCUUUCCCUUAUCCUCAGGACUGCAAUCCCAGGUGUCCUCUGCGGUGCUAUGGACCCAUGUGCACACAUUACACACAGAUGGUUUGGGCCACUUCCAAUCGUAUAGGCUGCGCAAUCCACACAUGCCACAAUAUGAACGUCUGGGGAUCGGUUUGGCGACAAGCUGUUUACUUGGUAUGCAACUAUGCCCCAAAGGGGAACUGGAUUGGAGAAGCACCAUAUAAAGUAGGAGUCCCAUGUUCUGCUUGCCCUCCAAGUUAUGGAGGCUCUUGUACCAACAAUCUUUGCUUCCCAGGAGUAACAUCAAACUACUUAUAUUGGUUUAAAUAAGUUAACAUGUUUACAUUUUUUAAUGGCUGAAUAACAAGAAGCUUGUAUAUUGAAUUUUGCACAUAUUAUAUAUAGAGAGAUAUUGUAAUAACACCCUAAUGUUUCCUUUUUGUAUGCUUUGUAUAGUUAGCUUUCAAAGUAUAGUAUGAAUUUGUUUUUAACACUUUAGAAUUUAUGGAUCACGUUAACUAUUUUAGAUUGGCAUUGUGUAAAGAAGAGAAAACUAAUUUUCACCCUAGCAAGUGUACCUUCUUGUAGAUGAGGUUCUACUAACAGCACAUUAAAAGAUGUGUCAAUUUAUAUCUAAAA